GAAGCUACUCUAAAAUUCUUUAUUUCAAAAUGGCGGUACUCUCGUGUUAUUUUCGUUGCCUGCUGCCGUCUGUCGCGCAAAAGCGGUGCAUGGGGUCUUUUAGGCAAAGAAUUGAUCCGAACAUUAAAGAAAAACCAGAAUACGUGCCAAACAAAAAGAAGUCUUUUAUCGACUCAUUACGGAUUUAUGUACGAGGAGGACCAGGCGGACAAGGGUUGCUUAAAUAUGGCGGAACUGGAGGAGAUGGAGGGGGUGUCUAUGCAGUGGCCAAGAAAAAUUUAACUCUAUCUGAUGUUUACCAGAAGUACCCUACAAGACGAUUUGUUGGUGGAAAUGGUCAUAAUAGCACAAAGUUCUACUUGUGUGGAGAACCAGGCCAAGACAAAGUGAUUAACGUUCCAAUAGGAGUAGAGGUGUGUGCCGAUGAUGGACAGAUUAUAGGGGAUCUUAAUCAGGAAGGUGAUAGAGUGUGCAUGGCAGCAGGAGGCAAGGGUGGUAAUCAUUCAAACAAAUUUGUAGGCAAGAGAGGCGAGCACAGAAAUGUGAAGCUAAACUUGAAACUCAUUGCAGAUGUUGGUCUUGUCGGGUUUCCAAAUGCUGGGAAAUCAUCAUUUCUUAAAGCUAUAUCAAGAGCGAAUCCAAAGAUUGCAAAUUAUCCAUUCACAACAAUUAAACCUCAGAUAGGAGUUGCAGAGUUCCCAGAUUUCGCGAAGAUCACUGUAGCAGAUCUUCCAGGACUCAUUGAAGGAGCUUAUGCCAACUUUGGUAUGGGUCAUCACUUUCUGAAGCAUGUAGAACGAACCAAGCUGCUUCUUGUUUUAGUGGAUAUUGGUGGUUUCCAACUGGCGCAGCCAUACCCUCUUCGUUCUGCCUUCCAGACCAUACUUCUGCUUAACAAGGAGUUGGAGUUGUACAAAGAGGAUUUGGUACAAAAACCAGCAGUGCUUGUCAUCAACAAAAUAGACACAGACCCUGAUGAGACACAAGUCAAUGAAUUAAUGCAACUUCUGAAGGCUCUUCCAGAUUCUCUUAAGACAGUUCCUGAAGAAAUGAGGCCAGAGACGCUGAUUAAAUUUGAUGCCAUUCAGAGGAUAUCAGCAAAGCACUGCAUCAACACUGAUGAAACAAUGAAAUGUGUUCGAGAACUGAUUGAUCAUUUCACAGACAAUUCCAGCAAUGAAGAGACAAAUCUUGCAGUCAUGGACGUAAACAAUGAAGAGUCUUUGUUGCAAAGACAUGGAGAAAGGGCUCGGAAAAAACUAGUUUAAUCUGUACGAGAUAUUUGACAUGCCUAUAUACAGUGUAUGUGCGCAUUGUAUAGUGUAGCGGGAGUGCUUGUUUCGGGCAGCAUGUACCGCUGACAGUGUUUGUUCCCUUGUUCCCCAUACUUGGUCGCGCGAGACAGACAACAGCGGAUGACAUAGCGCCCGAACUUUCCAGUAUAAAUAGCAGGCAAAAUUUAGUGCUUGCACCAGUUUCUGAAAAAUAAUUGGUGCUGCUUGGUAGAACAGUAAAUCUUUAGCCCUGAGUACGAGAGAAGAACCAUUCAGCCGCAAGGUGCUUAGGUCCCGCUGGAAAGAGGCUCACGUCACUCAGUCUUCCUCUUCCCCCACCCCAGUGAGUUAGGUGCUAGGUUUUAGUAGGCUAGGUAGGUCGGUUAGAAUAGAAAUAGUGGCUAUACGUGUAAAAAAUGUAAAUAAUUUUGCUUUAAACUUAUUUCAGUGUGUGAGCGUGUCAAUCAGAACGAAGGCUAACGUGUUGUACAUAGGUCCUCGUCGUGGGAAUGAGGUGAACGUGUAUCAUUAGAGCGAAAGAGAUUUGUGUCGUCCGUAGUUGUGACACAGCAGAGCACACACGAAGAUCCAUGGAGUUGAACAACGCACCGAAGAAAACACUUUUUGUUUGUCGUUUCCAAGGUUGGAUAAGUGUGGGUGUGUAAUAGAUGGGGAAAUAUAGAACACAACGCGAGGUAAAUUAGACGAACGAGAGCUAGAAUUUUAGAAGAAAAUUCUCCAUGGUCUCUUCGUCCUCUUCCUUGGAACACCCAAGAGGAACGGUGUGAUUGGCGCUAGGGUCGCAGUAUUAGCCUGAAUGAGAAAGCGCAUCGGUCCGGCUACAAUACAUUGUAACAGUGUGGGAAGGGGAGGGGGAAAUAUAUAAUGUCCUUGUUAAUAAACUUGAACUUUGUGCACAACUUGCAGUGCGGGAUAUGGAGGUAUGGAUAAUAAUGUAGAAUGGCAUGACAAGUGUGGUGUACAAAACUAUGGAGACUUCCUUUCAAUGUAGAAAUUGUGCGAAUAAUAGAGGUUUUAAACCGAUUGGGUAAAUCAUGAUUCAUAAAUAAACAUAUCCAUUCAA